GUUCACUCCGGCUGCCGGUAAGGAGAUACCCUCUUGACGGCAAAGAAGGAUAGGAAUAAUUAUAAGAAGAGUCUGGGAUAUAAGAUCUAGAGCUCAGUCGAGGAAGCUUUGUUUGUUCUAGGUUUUAAGCACGCUCUUCCCUUCCUGCCUUCUCUACGCUGAAUCUUGUUCAGUUGUUUCUCAGCUCAGCUCUUCCAACUCGAUUCAAUACCAGUUGUUCCGCAGACAUGUUCCUCACAGAAAUCUUGAGUCCAUAUACUCUCCUUUUCCUCCCAGUCCUAUACUACCUUCUCCCCUACCUCCGCAACUGGUCCAUCCGCAACAUCCCCGCACCCUUCCCAGCAGCAUGGACAAACCUCUGGCUCCUGUGGCAAGCCCGCAAAGGGAAGCGGUAUCUGUCUGUUGAUGCUGCUCACAAGAAAUACGGCACUUUGGUUCGCAUUCAACCGAAUCAUGUCUCAGUUGCAGAUGCGAAUGCAAUCCAACACAUUUACGGACAUGGAAAUGGAUUUUUGAAGAGUGAAUACUACGACGCCUUUGUUUCCAUCCGCCGCGGCCUCUUCAACACCCGAGACCGUGCUGAACAUACUCGCAAACGCAAAACCGUCUCACAUACCUUCAGUGCCAAAUCCGUUGGCCAGUUUGAGCAAUAUAUUCACCAUAAUCUCGAGGAACUGCGUACACAAUGGGACCAGAGAGCUGAGGCCGCAAAGGGAAACUACUACGAUAUGGAUGCUCUACACUGGUUCAACUACCUCGCUUUCGAUGUCAUUGGGGACCUGGCAUUUGGUGCACCGUUCGGAAUGUUGAAAGAGGGACGAGAUGUCGCGGAGGUGAGGAAAACGCCGAAUUCUGAGCCUACGUUUGCUCCCGCUAUUGAGGUCUUGAAUCGGAGGGGUGAGGUUUCUGGCACUCUGGGCUGCCUCCCCCAACUGAAGCCCUACGCAAAAUACCUCCCAGACCCCUUCUUCUCGAACGGCAUCAAAGCCGUCGAAAACCUCGCGGGCAUCGCCGUCGCCCGCGUCAACGCACGCCUCGAAAAGCCCGAAACGACCCGCGUCGACCUCCUUGCCCGCUUGAUGGAAGGCCGUGACGAAACGGGCGCAAAGCUUGGGCGCGAAGAACUCACAGCCGAAGCUCUCACGCAACUCAUCGCCGGCAGCGAUACCACAUCCAACACGUCGUGCGCGCUCCUCUUCCACUGCCUCCAGCACCCCGAAGUCAUUGAGAAGUUGCAGAAAGAGCUAGACUCAGCGUUACCAGACAUCGAUAUGGUGCCCACCUUCGCUGCUGUAAAAGACCUCCCCUAUCUUGAUGCUGUUAUCAAAGAAACAAUGCGCAUCCACAGCACCUCGUCUCUGGGUCUCCCACGAAUGAUUCCCCCUGGCCCGGGUAUCACGCUCAACGGCCACCAUUUCCCACAAGGUGUGGUGCUCUCCGUGCCUGCGUACACCAUCCACCACAGCACUAAAAUCUGGGGCCCGGACGCUGACACGUUCCGUCCCGAGCGGUGGGAGACCAUAACUGAGGAGCAGAAGAACGGGUUUAUACCGUUUAGUUAUGGACCGAGGGCUUGUGUGGGAAGAAAUGUGGCGGAGAUGGAGUUGGCGCUGAUUGUCAGUACGGUGUUUAGAAGGUAUGAAUUUGAGCUUAGGCAGGGUGAGAUGGAGACCAGGGAGGGGUUUUUGAGGAAGCCGUUGGGGCUGCAUGUCGGAAUGAGAAGGAGGAAGGGGUAGGGUGAUAUGGUUGGUGGCACAUCAGAUAUGUGAAAAGAUCAAUUGAGUGAAUGGAAAUUAGGGGGUUGUCUGGCUUUUGGGUUUCCUAUUUUGUUUGAACUUUAACAGGACGGCCGAAAUAUCUCAUGUUAGUAUCCGGAGUGGCAGUCAGAACGAGAUGAGAAUAGCGCAGUCAAGCGACG